AUCGCAGGCAGGUCAUGCCUCCAUCAGUACACAAUGCGGCUUGCCUAUGACCUGCUGGUGUUCUUUGUCGUAACAGCACAGGCCAGCAGAUCAUGGAACCUCACGGCCGCCCUCGAACUCCCACCCUGCGUUCCAGCAUGCGCGCAACGGAUCCUACCCGAGUACAAUUGUACACUGCUUGACGAGACGACCCUGUUGCCCACCGAUUGUUAUUGCGCGUCUUCUGGACCUCUUGCGGACAAAUUGUCGAAAUGCGUGCUCGAAGAAUGUCCGACGCUGGCAGAGGCACUCGAAGGCCUCAAGUUCCAGGCUCUCGGUUGUGACUAUCCACGCGACCGGAAUAGAGGGCCAGUGCUGCUGGCGACAGCAGUGUCACUGUUCACAAUUACGACAUUAUUCUUGAUAGCGCGCUUUUUGUCGCGCUGGCCACGCUUAUCUGGCGCUGGUCUGAGCUGGGACGAUGGCAUCGUCUUGGCUUGCUAUAUUCCCGUCGUGGGCAUUACCAUCGUUGCGAUUCGCCUCGUAGACUAUGGAAGUGGAAGAGACUCGUGGAUGUUGCCCGUUGAGAACGUUAUGGCAGUCGCGAAGUGGUUCUGGGCCGUACUUCCCAUAUACCUGGCUGCGGUAUUCUUUACGAAAUUGUCCCUCGUGGUUCUCUAUCUCCGCAUCUGGCCCUCCGAACCUGGCUGCAGAUCUCGCUUCCGCAUCAUCUGCUGGACGAUAGCAGCAGCACUGGUCGCGACAGCUCUGGCUUGCAUCUUCUCAAUUAUAUUCGCUUGCCAUCCCAUUCGCAAUUCCUGGAGAUAUGCGGACGAGGCCAUGGGAACAUGCACCCACAGAGUGGAUGCUGGAAUUGCCUAUGGCGCAUUGAACGCCACAUUUGACUUCAUCGUCAUUGUUCUUCCCAUUCCCAGACUACUUCAGCUCAAUGUCUCUACGAGGCAAAAGAUUGGAAUUUGCUCCUGCUUUCUUGUUGGCCUGAUUGCCACAGUAUGUAGUCUCAUUCGCUUGACCCGCCUGGACGGACUGUAUACCGGAAGGAAUAUUACUUGGGACUAUGUGGAUGCAGGAUUGUGGAGCCUGAUCGAGGUAUACUGCAGCAUGAUUUGCUGCUGCAUGCCCUCCAUGGCCGGGCUCAUUCAACGCUGCUGGCGCAGCGGACCAUGGACCACUAACGAUAGUCGACAAAUGCCGUCAUUUGAAAUGAUGUCGGCCAACGAAAAGGAACGUGAUAGCGGGUUGUUCGCUCCUGGCUAUAGGGAUAUGAUCCCUUCACCUACAAAGCUUUUGAGGAAGAAGACUCUGAGUGAUAGUACGCUGGGUGAUAAGACGGGCCCGAAUGUGUGUGAGAAGGAGGUCGGGUUUGUAACCUAUAUGCCGACGGCACAGCUGCCGCCGGAGAAAUGA